ACUAAACUUAGCUUCCACCCCCCAGCUCGAUCAUCGCCGCCACCUCCCCAGCCUGGCCACCACCUGCCUGGGAGACACUGCCACCAGACCGUGGCCCAGGGCACCCACUCUUCCGCCACCACCAUGUCCCAGACCCAAGCACCGAAGGUCCGCACCACCCUCUUCUGCAUCCUGGUGGGCGUCGUGCUGGCCUUGGUGGCCGUGGUGACCGACCACUGGGCCGUGCUGAGCCCCGAGGUGGAACACCACAAUGCUACCUGCGAGGCGGCCCACUUUGGCCUCUGGCGGAUUUGCACCAAGCGUAUUGUCAUGCCUGACAGCAAGGACAAGACCUGCGGACCCAUCACCCUGCCUGGGGAGAAGAACUGUUCCUACUUCAGGCAUUUUAACCCAGGCGAGACCUCAGAGAUCUUCGAAGUCACUACUCAGAAAGAGUACAGCAUCUCGGCCGCCGCCAUCGCCAUCUUCAGCCUCGGCUUCAUCAUCAUGGGGACCAGCUGCGCGCUUCUGUCCUUCCGGAAGAAGCGGGAUUACCUGCUGAGGCCGGCGUCCAUGUUCUACGCCUUCGCAGGCCUGUGCGUCUUCGUGUCGGUGGAGGUGACGCGGCAGUCGGUGAAGCGCAUGAUCGACAGCGAGCACACCGUGUGGAUCGAGUACUACUACUCCUGGUCCUUCGCCUGCGCCUGCGCCGCCUUCGUCCUCCUCUUCCUCGGCGGCCUGGCCCUCCUGCUCUUCUCCCUGCCUCGAAUGCCCCAGAACCCCUGGGAGUCCUGCAUGGACGCCGAGCCCGAGCACUAGCCCUCCCGGAGCCCCCGCGGGGCUUUCCCCUCAGGAAGCCGAGCCUGGCCCAGAACGUUCUGGAGAGGAGGCGGGAGUUUUACCUCUCCCCGGUCCCACCUACCCCACGACAGCCGCUGCUGCUUCCCUCUCUGAGCCCUUCUCUGGGCUGUGACAGGCUCCCCUGGGAAUCCAGCAAGUGGACAUGAUCCACACCUGCCCAGGGUGGGAGGGAGACGGCAGGGGUGGCAGGUGCAGGGUGUCUGGUGGGGACCCCCUUCCCCUGGAGCUCCAGGUGGUCCUCGCUGAGCCAGUUGUCUUUGAUAAGCUGGGUCCAGGUGUCCUCCGUGAGCCCUGUAGGGACCCUGUGCUCAUUUAUCAGUUCUGGGUGUUGCCUGUGUAAAUAGCCAACCCCUCCCUCCUUCUCUGGGACAAGACACACCCUUUCCACUGAACUGAACGUGCCCUCCUUGGUUUCCAAGAUAGGUGAGGAGCAUUUUUUCGCUGGGUAGAAUCUGACUGUGUUUGAAAUAAAAGCUCUUUGAAAACUUA